AAAGAGAGAGAGAUGACAGCAGGGAGCUAUUAUUACAAAGAUGUUCUGCCAUUUUCAGCCAUGGUUGCAGCAGAAGGCACUAAUGUCGGCUUAAACACCUUAUUCAAAGCAGCCACUUUGAGAGGGUUGAGCUACUACGUCUUUAUUUUCUAUUCUUAUGCCAUAGCUACUCUUCUUCUUCUUCCCUUGCCUUUCAUCUUUCGCCAAAGAGAGCUUCCUACAUUCAAGUUGUCUCUCCUCUAUAGAAUUUUCCUACUUGGAGUGAUUGGGUUUUUGGCUCAGUUGUGUAGCUAUAAAGGAAUAGAAUACAGUUCACCGACUCUUGCUUCAGCCAUCAGCAAUCUCAUACCAGCUUUUACCUUCAUACUUGCCGUCAUUUUCAGGAUGGAAAUUCUAGCUUUGAGAAGCUCAAUCACUCAGGCUAAAAUCAUGGGCACAAUAGUAUCAAUAUCAGGUGCAUUGGUAGUGCUUUUCUACAAGGGGCCUACAAUCAUCUCCGCUUCAUCUCAAUCACCAUCCCUUUCACUUCCCUCUCCACCGGGGUCAUCACAAGCCAAUUGGGAUUGGGUGAUAGGCGGCCUUUUACUUACUGCCGAGUAUCUUCUACUUUCAAUUUGGUACAUUGUUCAGACCCAAGUUAUAAAAAUAUAUCCUGCAGAGCUAAUUAUAGUCUUAUUAAACAACGUUUGCGCGACAAUUGUAUCUGCACCAGUAUGUUUGAUAGCAGAAGGAAAUUUAAGUGCUUGGAGACUAAGGCCAGAUAUAACACUAGUUGCCGUUAUAUAUUCGGGAAUCUUUGGUUCAUUCUUCAGCACUGUUGUUCACACAUGGGGCUUGCACUUGAAGGGGCCAGUGUAUAUUUCAAACUUCAAGCCAUUGUCAAUAGCCAUUGCAGCUGCUAUGAGUGUCAUAUUCCUCGGUGAUGCUCUCUAUCUUGGAAGCGUUAUUGGAGCAAUAAUAUUAUCAUUUGGGUUCUAUGCUGUCAUAUGGGCAAAAGCUAAAGAAGAAUUGAGUGAGGACAAGUGCUAUAGUAGUUUGGAAUCUUCACCUGAUGUGCGGAUUUGUAAUAGGUGA